AUCAGAUACUUUUUUUGUCCUGCACACCACGCAUGAUAUUUGGCGGGUUUUUGUCCACUGUGAGCAGUGAAAUUGAUACUUGACUAACAAUUGUUCGUAUUGUGCGUAAUUAUUUGUUAAAAUAAUAACUUUGCUUAAUAUUUUAUUGUAAGUUAUAUUUAUUAAUAAAAAUAUUAACAAUGACUGGAAGAUUGCACAUUGGUGGCAAGCAUGUAGCUGAAAAUGUAAACGAGAAUGUGGUAAUUGAAGGCUAUUUAACCAAGCUAAGCAGCGAUGGGAAAAAUGUCGAAUUGAAGACAUUCGACGAGACUAAAAUUAAUGUCGCUUUGAAUAGCCCGUACUCUGACGAAGUAUCUGGUAUUAUGCAGGUCUUCGGAACAGUUACUUCCAAAUCAACAAUUGCUGCAGAUACUUAUUGCCGCUUUGCACCUGAGGAAGAUGAAGAAGCAUUUGAUCCUGAAGACCACAAUGAUUUUAUGAACGUAUUGAAAAUUAUUAAUUGCCAAGAUGUUGGAGGAAAAUGUAGUCUCAUAGCAGAUAGAGCAAAUGAUAGCAUCAUGCACACAGAUGAUAACUGAGUGACUAACAUUUUUUAUCGUUUUUUACAUCCUCACGUUCAUAACAAAGUUUUCAUUAAAAAUAUUUAUAUUAAUUAAUAAUAGCUAUACUGAUUGGAAAAAUGUACAAUAUAUAUUUUUCACAACAAUUACAUAAAAAUAUCAAUACAAACUAAA